GCGGGCCGGGGCGAUGGCGGCGGCCGGGCGGUGCUGGGGGGAGCGGGGCUCGGCCGUGGUGCAGCUGCCCCGCACGCCGCGCAUGGUGUCCGUGGAGUACCCGGGGCUGGUGCGGGAUGUCGGAGCCGUGCUGCGGACGCUGGGAGGAGAGGAAGGGGUGUCGCGGAUCUACGCCGACCCUGCCAAAAGGCUGGAGCUGUGUUUCCGCCCCAAGGACCCUUACUGCCACCCCGUGUGCGCCAAUCGCUUCCCCACCUCCACCAUGCUGCUCAAGGUGAGGAGGAGGACCAGGAGGAAUAAGACGCAGGUGGACACGGAAGAGCCAGUCCAGCCAGAAGUCCAGUUUGAAAUGGAAAUUGUUGGGAUUGUCACCACUGUUUACAAAUUUCAAGGAAUGUCUGAUUUCCAGUACCUGGCAAUGCACUCUGGUCCUGAUGGCAAACAAACCUCCAUGUAUGACAAAGUCCUAAUGCUCAAACCAGAGAAGGAAGAAUUUUUCAAUAGAGAAUUACCUCUCUACAUCCCUCCACCAAUUUUCUCACGUUUAGACACUCCUGUUGACUAUUUUUAUCGACCAGAUACCCAACACCGGGAUGGGUACAACAACCCCCAGGUGUCUGGUGAGAACCUCAUUGGCCUCAGCAGGGCCCGUCGCCCACACAACGCUAUCUUUUUGAACUUUGAUGAGGAAGAAGUCCCAACAAAACCCCUGGAUGCUGCUGUACAGACCUGGAAGAAAGUGUGCACCAAUGCUGUGGAUAGAAAGGUGGAGGAAGAGCUGAGGAAGCUCUUUGAAGUCCACCCAGUCUGGUCCCGGAAUGCAGUAAAAGCCAAUGUCAACAUCCACCCAGACAAGCUGAAACUCCUGUUGCCGUAUCUGGCCUAUUACAUGCUGGGUGUGGUGCACACCGAGGGAGGUUUCGUGGAAGGCGAGAAUAAACGGCUGGGACUCUUCGGGGACUACAUCGACAUCUUCAGAGGGAUCCCCUUUGCUGCCCCCCCAAACACUCUGGAAGACCCCCAACCUCAUCCUGGAUGGGAAGGAACGCUGAAGGCAAAAGAGUUCAAAAACCGCUGCAUGCAGAUGACACUUGCGCAAAAUGAUGUCCGAGGGAAAGAGGACUGCCUCUACCUGAACAUCUGGAUCCCUCAAGGGAAGAAAGAGGUCUCGACCAACUUGCCAGUGAUGGUGUGGAUCUACGGCGGCGCCUUCCUUGUUGGAGGGGGGCAGGGAGCCAAUUUCCUCGACAAUUACCUCUAUGAUGGCGAGGAGAUCGCCGUGCGGGGCAACGUGAUUGUGGUGACCCUGAACUACCGCGUGGGGCCCCUGGGCUUCCUGAGCACUGGAGACUCAAACAUGCCAGGGAACUAUGGGCUGAAGGACCAGCACAUGGCUAUUGCCUGGGUGAAGAGGAAUAUCAAGGCCUUCGGGGGUGACCCAGACAACAUCACCAUCUUUGGAGAGUCAGCCGGUGCCACCAGUGUCUCCCUGCAGAUACUGUCCCCAAAGAAUGCAGGCCUGUUCAAGAGAGCCAUCAGCCAGAGCGGCGUCAGCCUGUGCAGCUGGGCCAUCCAGAAGGACCCACUCUACUGGGCUAAAAGGGUUGGACAACAAGUGGGCUGCCCCAUAAGCAACACCGCAGCCCUGGCCAACUGCCUGCGUGCCAGCGACCCCAAAGCUGUGACGCUGGCCUACCACCUGCAGCUCGUCAACCUGGCCAGUCCCCUGGUUCAUACACUUGCCAUCACGCCUGUCAUCGAUGGAGACUUCCUCCCAGACAUACCAGAGAAACUCUUUGCCAACGCUGCUGACAUCGACUACAUCGCUGGGGUCAACAACAUGGACGGACACUUCUUUGCUGGCAUCGAUAUACCUGCUAUCAACCGCCCGCUGGUGAAAAUCACUGCGAGCGACGUCUAUGACUUGGUCAAAGGACUUACUGCGGACAGGGGGGAAAGAGGAGCCAACCUCACGUACAAUAUCUACACAGAGCUGUGGGGCGACAACCCAGAUCAGGAAGUCAUGAAGAGGACAGUGGUGGACCUGACUACUGACUACAUUUUCCUGAUUCCCACGCAGUGGACACUGAACCUGCACCUGCAGAAUGCCCGGAGUGGCAAGACAUACAGCUAUGUGUUCUCCCAGCCAUCUCGGAUGCCCAUCUACCCAAGCUGGGUAGGAGCAGACCACGCUGAUGACCUGCAGUACGUGUUUGGGAAACCCUUUGCCACCCCUCUAGGCUACCUGCCCAAGCACAGGACUGUCUCAGCUGCCAUGAUCGCUUAUUGGACCAAUUUUGCCAGGACAGGUGAUCCCAACACAGGGUAUUCAGAGGUGCCCAUUACCUGGCUGCCCUACACCACUGAGGGCGGUUACUACCUGGAUAUCAACAACAACUUAAACUACGAUUCCGUGAAGCAGAAUCUGAGAGCCCCAUUCGUGAACUACUGGAACGCCGUCUAUCUGAAACUGCCGCAGGUUGCCACCACCCAGUAAACCGUGGAGCUGCUGAGAAACUACGGAAAAACACCUCGUAAAGACAGACUUAGUUCAUUAAAGGCUUGCUUGUAACUGAG